AGUAGGACGGGAGAUUUUGUCAUCACUGUACUGCGAGUCUGCGCUUGCGUUAGUAGUGAAAUGGUACAGACAGUACGGGCAGUGCAGCAAAGCCAGGGAAUCUGUCGUACUGUCAAAGUGUGUUGGUAAUGGUGGCGAAGCACAUCUGACGUUAAGGAGUAUGCGACGUGAGUUCCCUAUACGUCAACGAUCAGGAGCAGAAGUGUCCAAGAAUCUGGUGGUUAAAUCACGCAGCACAUCGCACCGAAAGGAACAUCGCUAAAUAAUGUCUUCACCCAGUGCAGGCAAAAGGCGAAUCGACACAGACAUUAUUAAACUUAUAGAAAGUAAAUUGGAGGUAACGUUCCUGUCAGGUCUGAAUGAAUUUUGUGUUAAAUUUAAUGGGCCGAAAGGAACACCGUACGAAGGUGGAAUAUGGAAUGUACGUGUUCACUUACCUGAACAGUAUCCUUUUAAGUCGCCUUCAAUCGGUUUCAUGAAUAAAAUUUAUCAUCCAAAUGUAGAUGAAUCGUCCGGGACAGUCUGUCUGGAUGUAAUUAAUCAGGCAUGGACAGCUCUUUAUGACUUGUCAAAUAUAUUCGAGUCAUUUUUGCCCCAGUUGCUCGCGUAUCCCAACCCAACAGAUCCUUUGAAUUCGGAUGCAGCUGCCUUGUAUUUACACAAACCAGAUGAUUACAAGAAGAAAGUGCAAGAAUAUGUUCAGAAAUAUGCUGCAAAACAUGUAUUUAAAGAUCAGGACAGUAAUGAUGAUUCAUCCGAUUCUGAAUCAUCCAUGACUGACAACACAGAGGACGAACUGAGAGAUAUGGACUUAUGACAUUCAUAUUUGUUAGGUUUCAAGAACUUUCUAUGGAACUUUUGUUACGUAGUUUAGUCAUCUCUGUUUCGGAAAAAAAACUGAGCGUAAGAUGUGAUACUUCAAGAAAACGCUAGAUGUCACUGUGUUACUUAAUACGAUGGAAAACUAGUCGACUUUAUUCUUCGACUUAACGUGUGUUAAACAUCGAUAAGCAAGAGUGCGGCGGGGUUUUUUAAUUGCGGGGCCCCAGUGAACUUGUAAAAACCAGUGUAAAUUUGUGUCCUAUAAAACAAGACGCGGCUGAACGUGUUCGGCGUUACAAUCAGGAGCCUUCUGAGAAAGUUGGACUACCUCCCUCUCUCAGGGCCACGGACGAUGCUGACCAGCCACUGUGUCAACUGGUCUUUCAGCCUCCAGCUUCCAGCGAAGUCAGCACCCCUAUGUCCCACACACCUGCUCCGAUGGAGCCCUCCAGGCUCACUGAUUCCAUGACCAGCCAAGAGGAAGGUGAGAGCCUCCUGGGACUUAGAGACGUGGCACACUCUCUCGUCCAUCGUGGGGAGGGGUGCUGUGUAUGGGCUGUUAGCCCUGCCUAUCAGCAACGCUUCAUACACAGUGAGUGUGUCCAACCCAGUGAAGCGACAGGGGCCACACCAGCAGCCUGCAGAUUAAGACCAGGCUGGUAGGUGGCUGCACGAGCGUCACCAGAACAGUCUUUCCUUAGUCCUCCCGGCCAGUUGCCAACCACAGUUGUGGUUCAUCAGAGCUUGUUGCUAAGGAAAACAUCGGAACUGUCAAUGCAGUCUCACAGCCGAUCAGCGCCACAGUGGAGCCGCCAAUAACUACCUCAGACAUCGCCAGGAAGUGGCUCUUCCGCCUGAGGCUGAAAAAUGUCUUUGGAAUUUUCCAUCUCCUUUGUCUUAGUUUGUGAGAGAGUGAACUCGGAAUUUGACUUUCUUCUUUAUUGGGGCCACCUGGCCAUUUACAAACUUGUGUAAAAUCAGUGAUUAACACGAAGUACUACAAACAGUUCCUUUAAUUAACGUGCUCUUGGA